AAAAAAUCGCAAAAAGUCGUUUUUUGAGCAGUCGACUUUUUACUAUUAACAGCACUUUUUUGUUAAAUGCUCCAGUGCUUCUAUAACCUCGUGUAGCCAUCGCAGCUGGUUCUUUUAUUUAAUCGUUGACAUUUAUGUAGAAUAAUUGUCAAAGUCUAUAUAGAAAAAAUAUAAGAAAAUAAAUUCUUUUCAGUCACCUUCAUAAAUUCAACUUAUUGAACAACACAAAACAGCUGUCAUUACAAAAACAAAAAUUAUUUUAAAAAUCGAAAAUGUCACAAAUCAGACGUGAGGUAAUAAAUGCAUUUAAAAAAUUACAUCGUACCAGGCAACUCAUAUUCGCCGGAGAUGACAGAGCUUUGGAAGCAGGACGUAAAGAGAUAAACGAUAGAUUCAAGAAGAAUAUGUCAGAAACUAAUGUGGAUAAUGUGAAAAAGAUGUUACAAUUAGCUUUAGAUGUGGACAAAGAGUUACGCACAAAUGUCAUACAGGCCAAACAGAAAGAGGAGGGUGUUUAUGAGUUGCGUAUUACUCCAGAAACUACACGAUUGGAAAAUUUCCCUUUCAAUCCAGAUAUUGAAAUACCACCAAGACGCAAAGCCAAGUCGUCAGGUUCUGGUGAGGGUGGUUGCUGUGGUGGUGCUGCACCAACUAAAAAAUAGUUUUAAAAAUUUAUUAAACCUUGUGUAUUGUUAUUGAAAAUUUGAUAAAUUUCUAAAAAAUAUAUUAUUUUUGAAUUUAUUUCUUA